GAGAUGCAAGAAUUAUACAAGGAAGUAACAGUUGAUUCAGUUGGUUGCUGCAAUGAAGAUUGUUUUACUUUUAAUGUGUGUUGCUUUGGGAAGUGGAAAUCAUGGAGUAAAGAGAUCGAACGAAUUUGACGACGCCUACGACUAUUCAGAAGCUGAUCUAGAUACUGAAGUUGUGUUUGUAGCAGAAGUGACUUCAACUACCAACAAAAAUGAAGAACUAUCAAGAUCUUCCACUAUUUUGCCAAUAACUGAUCGUACAAUUCCAGUUUCAACGCUAGUUACAGAGAAUUGGGAAGAAGCUGUAGUGGUUGAGGGAUGGCCCACAACGACCACUUCCAGAUAUGGCAGGAAACGUUUGAGAAAGGAGGUUCGAAUCGCUGUAAAAAAUAUUAAGGAUGAGACGAGAGAAAUUCUUCAAGACAUCAAGGACGAAGUAGGAAUAAUGUCUGAUGCAAUCAAGUCCAAAAUUAGAUCUGCCAUGGACCGCUUCAAACAACGACUACUUACCAUUAAUUUUCGUUCGGACAGAGUUGCACAUUACAAUUCAUUAAAUCACUAAAGAAGCUAGUGAAAAAGUGUUGUUGUAUGGCAAUGGUGCACAAGAUUAAAACAUCCAAAUUAACAAAGCUCA